GGUGGAGGAGCGAGAAGCCUGGAGCAGCUCCGUGUUUUUUUCUUUCUUUCUGCGCUGCGUCCGUGCGUAAAAACCAAAAAAAAAGAGAGGAUCCUGUUUAUUUACCUGUUGAUGAGGUCCCAGCGGCUGUGGGACGCGUGGAGAAGAGAAGUCUGAGAAGAACCGGUGCAGGGUUAACACAGAGACUCUUCAGCGGCCAGGAGGAGCGCAGGACCCCGGGUUCCUCUCCUUCCCUUUGCCCCUAAACACGCAGCCCGAGCUGGUGGAAAAUGGGCACCUCGACCACCAGGACCUGUGGACUUAUCCUCUCCUUCAUACUCUCAUGCCAGCUGCUUACUGUGACUCAGGCCUCCAAGGUGUGGGGGGAGGUCCCGCUGCCGGAGGACUUGGAGUCGAAGAAGGACGUCCAGGCGUCUCCGAGCUUACUGGACGACGACGAGGACUUUGCAGCCGAUGAAGCUUCGGGAGAUCUGCCCAGUGGAGAGGAGGAUGGAAGCACCCCCUGGCCUCCAGAGAGCACAAUUUAUUACAGAGCUCUUGUCAACUUCACCGACUCCCUGGUCUACAGCCCUGAGCUGGAGGACAUCUACUCUGCAGCCUUUAAUGAGAUCUCUGAAGCGGUGGUGGACACGCUGGAGUCGGAGUACAACCGGAUUCCAGGUGUCCAGACAGUCAGCGUGGUCCUCAUCAAGAAGAUGGUGAGAGAAGAUGGCGUGGACGUGUUCGUGGAGCUGGACGUCGGCUCCGACUACAACAGCGACGGCGAUCAGAUCCGCAGCGUGCUGUACAGCGUGGUGAAGGAGGGCGCCAUCGCCUCCUACGUCACGUCGGUCCAAGGGUUUCAGUUCCGACGACUCGGGGAAGUCACCCCCAGCAUCAGGUCCUGCAUGCCAGAUGAGCACAGGUGUGGGGACGGGACAUGUAUCCUGAUGGAAUACCUGUGUGACAAUAGACUGGACUGCAGGGACAUGAGUGAUGAGACCAACUGUGUCAAACUACCGACUCCUCCAGUCUUCACCACCGCUCCCACCACAACCACCACCGCCAAGAAGCCCCCCCGGCCCCCCAGCCCCCCCGGCCCCUGCAGAGCGGAUCAGGCCACGUGCCAGAGCGGCGAGUGCAUCAGCCGGGACUACAUCUGUGACGGGGAGCGGGACUGCUCGGACGGGAGCGACGAGUUCCGAUGUGGUACCCCCUCCCCCUGUGAACCCAACGAGUUCAAGUGCAAGAAUGGCCGCUGCGCCCUCAAGCUGUGGCGCUGUGACGGAGACAACGACUGUGAGGACAACUCGGAUGAGACAGACUGCCCCACCAAGGGUCCCGGCGACAGGUGCGCUCCGGAGCAGUUUGAAUGCCUGGGCGAUCGCACCUGCAUCCCGGCCAGCUACCAGUGUGAUGAGGAGUCGGACUGCCCGGACCGCUCCGACGAGUACGGCUGCACCCCCCCCUCUGUGACAAGCCCACCGGAAGAGUCCAUCCAGGCAGCUCGGGGAGGGUCGGUGACGUUCAGCUGUCAGGCGGUCGGAGUGCCGACACCCAUCAUCACCUGGAGACUCAACUGGGGACACAUUCCCUUCAGCAGCAGGAUCUCCAUGACCAGUGAGAACGGCCGCGGCACGCUCACCAUCCGUGACGUGAAGGAGGCGGACCAGGGGGCGUACACCUGCGAGGCCAUCAAUGCCAAAGGCCUGGUGUUUGGAAUCCCUGACGGAGUUCUAACACUCACAUCAAAUCCCAACUCAGGCGACUGUCCUGAUGGUCAGUUCAGUGUGGACGGACGCUGUGUGUCCUGCUUCUGCUCCGGAAUCACCAAGAACUGCAAACGCACCGGCCGCUACCGCAACCGCAUCACCCUGCGUUUCACUGAUGAGGAAGAUUUCAGAGGAGUGGAAGUCACGUACCCAUCCAGGCCAGGCAUUCCUCCUCUCUCCUCCACUCAGCUCCUCAUCAACCCUGAGAUGGAAGAGUUCCAGCUCGUCGACCUGUCCCGUCGUUUCCUCAACCUCGACUCCUUCUGGACUUUGCCUCGCCAGUUUCUGGGCAACAAGAUCGACUCCUACGGGGGAUCCCUGAAGUACAAGGUGCGCUUCACGCUGGCCCGCGGCCUGUCCGACCCGGUGGAGAAGCCGGAUGUGAUCCUGGUCGGAAACGGACGCAGGCUCGUGUACCGCCGAGGCAGCGCCACACCGGCCCGAGAGGUCAACCAGAAAGAGAUCCAGUUCACUGAAGAUAAAUGGCAGCACUCCAAUGGCCGCACUGUGACCCGGGACGACCUGAUGAUGACGCUGGCCAACCUGGACAGCGUCAGCAUUCGCACCAUCUACGACGACCACAUGGUCAGCGUGGCGCUCAGCGACAUCAUCAUGGACACCACCAGCGUGGAGUUCAGCCUUCAUGGUCACGCUAAGGACGUGGAGGAGUGCAGAUGUUCUCCUGGCUACACGGGCCUGUCCUGUGAGAUGUGCUCCUCUGGGUUCGAGCGCGUCCCCGGCGGCUCGUAUCUCGGCACCUGUGCUGGCUGCAACUGUAACGGACACGCCAGCGCCUGUGACCCCAUCAACGGACACUGCCUGAGCUGCCAGCACAACACAGAGGGCCCUCAGUGUGACAAGUGCCGCUCCGGAUACUUCGGUGACCCGAGCCGAGGUCGCCCCGAUGACUGCAAGCCCUGCCCCUGCCCGUACUAUGAGACCUCACGCCGGUUUUCAGACACCUGCUUCCUGGACGUCGACCAGCAGCCGACCUGUGACGCCUGCAGACCCGGAUACACAGGGAGACGCUGUGACAAAUGUGCCUCUGGUUACCACGGUAACCCCGUUGUACCGAAUGGAAAAUGCGUUCCUGACCAAAGCUCCAAGUGUGAUAACAGAGGAACCCUGAGCUCCAGCGGCCGGCCAUGCAGCUGCAAGAACAACGUGGCAGGCGCUGUGUGUGACGAGUGUAAGUCCGGGUUCUUCCACCUAUCGGAGGCCAACCCCGAGGGCUGCCUGCGCUGCUUCUGCAUGGGCGUCACCAAGCAGUGCGCCAGCUCCACUUGGAAUAGAGACCAGGUGCGCGGAGGAUCCAGCGUGCAGCUCUUCUCUCUCUCCAACAGCGGCAACACUCACACCAUCACUGAAGGCAUCACCCAGCGAGGCUUCUCUGAGAUCGUGUACCGCUCCUUCUCCAGCAUCCCCAACGACAUCUACUUCUGGGUGCUUCCUGAGAGCUUCAGGGGAGACAAGGUGACGGCGUAUGGCGGAGAGCUUAGCUACUUGGUUCACUUCGUCCCGUACCAGCGCUCACGGGUGAUCGACGGUCAGCCGGACGUGGUUCUCCAGGGCAACGGCAUCUUCCUGGAGCACUACUCCCAGAUCAAGCCCCUCCCACGCGGCAAACAGACCAUCACCGUGACUUUCAGAGAGUCUGCGUGGCGUCGCGCUGACGGGCAGCCGUGUACUCGUGAGCACCUCCUGAUGGCGCUGGCUGACAUCAGCCUCUUUAUGAUCAGAGCCUCCUACGCAGACAAAAUGGACGAGAGCAGUAUCUCAGACAUCAAGAUGGACGUCGCUGUUCCUCACUCCACGGGUAACGACCGGGCGCUGGAGGUGGAGGAGUGCGCCUGCCCUCAGGGAUACCGAGGACCCUCCUGCCAGGAGUGUGAUGAAGGCUACACGCGGACCAGCUCCGGUCUCUACCUGGGAACGUGUGAGAGGUGCGACUGCAACGGUCACGCCAGCGGCUGUGACCUGGAGACCGGCAGGUGUCUGCAAUGUCUCCACAACACUGACGGGCCAAGGUGUGAACGCUGUCAGUCUGGUUUCUAUGGAAACCCUGUGACAGGCGGUGCUCAGGCCUGCCAGCCCUGCCCCUGCCCUGGAACCACAUCCAGCAACCAAUUCUCCCAAACCUGUUACCUGGAGUCUGACGGUCAGCCGACCUGUGACAACUGCCCCCAAGGAUACACGGGCCGACGCUGUGAAAGAUGUGCCGCAGGAUACACUGGCAACCCACAGCUCGGACAGAGCUGUAGAGUUGGCAACAAUGGCAACAACAAUGGUAACUGCUAUAACUGUGACCAGAGAGGACAGGAGAGCUGCAUCGGAGGCGUGUGCCGCUGCAAGAUGAACACUGAAGGUCCGUCGUGCUCCAGCUGCAAGGCCGGAACCUUCCACCUCGGCCAGGAAAACAAAGAUGGCUGCCUGUCCUGCUUCUGCAUGGGCGUCACUCAGCAGUGCUCCAGCUCCACUUACUACAGAGACCUGGUGUCCUCAGUUUUCACUCCAGGGAACUUCCAGGACUUUGGUCUGGUGAACCGUCAGCGCACCAGCCGCAUCUCUACCGGCUUCACCGUGGAGGUUUCCACUGAAGGCACUCAGCUGUCCUACUCCAACUUCGACUACCUGGGACAGGAGCCCCACUACUGGCAGCUUCCAGGGGUCUACCAGGGAGACAAGGUCGGUUCCUACGGCGGUAAACUCAAAUACACCAUCUCCUACGUGGCCGGGCCCGGAGGAACACAGCUCGACGACGCUGACGUCCAGAUUAUCGGUAACGACAUCACUCUGGUGGCGCGUCAGCCCUGGCAGCGAAGGCAGCAGGGCAACAGAGAGACUCACCGGUUUGAGAUCGUCUUCAGAGAGGAAAACUGGAAUCGUCCUGAUGGCAUGCCUGCGACCCGCGAGCACCUGAUGAUGGUCUUGGCCGAUCUGGAUGACGUCCUCAUACGAGCGUCGUACUCCACCGAGAUGAGAUCCUCCAGCAUCUCUGAGAUCAACAUGGAAGUGGCCGUGCCCAACUUCAGCGGCUUGGCUCAGGCCCUCGAGGUGGAGCAGUGUCGCUGCCCACCUGGAUACCAGGGGCUGUCCUGCCAGGACUGUGGCCCUGGAUACACUCGCACUGGAGGAGGUUUGUACCUGGGUCACUGUGAGCUCUGUGAAUGUAACGGCCACUCGGACUCCUGCCACCCGGAGACCGGCACCUGCACGAGCUGCCUGCACAACACUCAGGGCGAGCUCUGUGAUCAGUGCGCCGCCGGCUUCUUCGGCGACCCGACCGUCGGCACUCCGGAGGACUGCCAGCCCUGCGCCUGCCCGCACACUGACCCCGACAACCAGUUCUCUCCGACCUGCGAGAGCCUCGGAAACGGAGGCUACCAGUGCACCGCCUGUCAGCCCGGCUACACCGGCCAGUACUGUGAGCGCUGUGCUUCAGGAUAUGUCGGCAACCCACAGGAGAGACAGAAGUGUCGCCCGUACGAUGCUGCAGCUUCUCUGGUGGUGAAGGUUUAUCCAGAGCGGGUCCUGGCCACCCCGGGCGGACCGGUCACUCUGAGGUGUCAGGUGUCCGGCCUGCCCCCCCACUACUUCUACUGGUCCAGAGAGGACGGACGAUCCAUUUCCGUCAGCGCUGACAGACGCAGACAAGGAGCCGAGCUGUUCUUCCCCAGCGUCCAGUCCAGUGACGCCGGCGUCUACGUCUGUACCUGCCGCGACCAGCGCAGCACCAACAGGAGCCGCGCGGAAAUCGUUGUCACAAGCGUCCCAUCCAAAGCCAUCGAGGUGACGGUUGAGGAGCCCAAAGCUCAGACCAUCAGGGUGGGAUCGACUGUCAGCUUCAUCUGCACAGCAAAGAGCAGGUCACCAGCCUACACCCUGGUUUGGACCCGCAUGGGCAACGGGAAGCUCCCCAACCGCGCCAUGGACUUCAACGGCAUCCUGACCAUCCAGAACGUCCAGGCCGAGGACGCCGGCGUCUACGUGUGCACGGGCUCCAACAUGUUCGCCAUGGACGAGGGCAGAGCCGUCCUCCACGUGCCAGAGGCCUCACAGACUCAGAUGUUUUACACAGCCUAUGAAAUGUUUGAAGGACACAGAAAGUCCGGAGAGGGCGCCCAGCCUGUGGCCGCCGUCACCCCCCCGGUGCUGAACGUCCAGCAGGGCCAGCGGGCCGAGUUCCGCUGCACGGUGACCGGGAACCCGACCCCCGCCGUCGAGUGGAUCGGACGUCCAGGGAACAGAAUGAGUCCCCGGGCGGUGAUCCGAGGAGGCGUCCUGACCUUCAGUGCAGUGGAGCAGGCUGACGAGGGAGAGUACACCUGCAAAGCUCUGAACACACACGGAGAACACACAGCGCGGGUUUCCCUCUUCGUACAAAAGUCCAACCCGACCGGCCUCGGCACCCAGCCCCAGGUGCAGGUCAGCCCCCAGAACAUCCAGGUCCACGAGGGCGAGACCCUGAGGUUGUACUGCCGCGCCUCCGGGUCGCCCACGCCCAAACUCACCUGGCUGAAGAACGGAGGACAGAUCCCGGCACAGGCCAUUCCCUCUCACGGUUUCCAUCAGUUUAAAAGCAACAGUCUCGAUGUGUUACACAGACGUAUUGAGGAGCUGCAGGCCCGAAUGGACCGAACCGACACCGGCACGCUGCUCAUCCCCAACAUCAGGAUGUCCGACUCGGGCACGUACAUGUGCGUCGGCAGCAACAGCUUCGGCUCAAACAGUUCUCCCAUCAAAGUGUCCGUGAUCAAAGGAGACCACAGCUCGGCCGUGAUCAGCAUCGAGCCGGCGAUCGCCGACGUGCAGGAGGGUCAGAGUCUGGAGCUCAACUGUCUGGCUCCUGGAAAUCCUCCUCCUCAGGUCACCUGGGCGAGAGUGAGCGGAUACCUGUCCGCCAACGUGCAGGUUGUGGGCAGUCGGCUGCUGCUCCGCUCGGCGUCUGCAGAGGACGCAGGCGAGUAUACCUGCCGGGUGCAGGGCGUCUCUGGAAACCCGGGAUCUCACGUCCAUCAGGCCUCGGUCUCUGUGUCCGUCACCUCGUCCUCGUCACGUCUGCAGAGUCCGAUCAUCGCCAUCGAGCCGCACAGUGCUGCAGUGCGAGUGGGGGAGUCGGCCAGCUUCAGGUGCCGGGUGUACAGCGGAGCCCAGCCUGUCAGACUGGAGUGGAAGCUGGCCAAUAACCAGCCGCUGCCAGAUAACGUCAAAGUCGACCUCAACGGAUCCGUGAUGACCAUCAGCAGUGCUCGCCCCGCCAACCACGGCGCCUACCGCUGUGUGGCGAGCAACCCGUUCGGCAUCACCCACACCAUCGUGUCUCUGAUCGUCAAAGAGUCUCCUGUGGCCACCGUCACUCCCGUUGGACCCGUGCACAUCAGGGUGGGCGAACCCAUUAACCUGGAGUGCCAGGCGUCAGGGGAGCCACGCCCCUCGGUCUCCUGGCACCGGCUGGACAGCAACCGCAAGACCAUGCUGAGCAGCCCGGUGCCCAUGGAGUCCAACGCCGUCAUGCAGAUCCUGGUGGCCCGUCCCGAGGACAGCGGCACGUACGUGUGCACGGCUCGCAACAACGAGGGCUCCACGGAGACCAAGGUGGAGGUCACUGUCCAGGGAGGCUCCCAAGUCCCGGCGGUGCCCAGGGCCUCAGUUCCUGAGCCGCUCAUGAUCGUGGUGGAAGGUCAGACGGCCACGCUGCGCUGUGACGCUCACGGUUUCCCGUCUCCGACCAUCACCUGGUCCAAGCUGCGCUCUCCUCUGCCCUGGAGACACAAGCUCGUCAACAACAGCUUGGUGCUGCCCACCGUGGGCCGGCAGGACUCUGGAGAAUACAUCUGCAAGGCCACCAACAACAUGGGCACCACGGAAGUCACCAUCAUGCUGGAUGUGGAAACUCUUCCUUAUGCCACGUCCGUGCCCGAUGACGUGGCGGUGCGGGUGGGGGAGGUGAUCCGGCUGCAGUGCCUGGCCCACGGCACGCCGCCUCUCACCUACGUCUGGACCAAGCUGGACGGAAGCCUGUCCCCGAGGGCGCAGGUCAGCGGGGGGGAUCUCCAGAUCAACCUGGCUACCGCCGAGGACGCUGGGAGCUACAAGUGUGUGGCCGGCAACAAAGUGGGCAACAGUGAAGUGGUGGCUAAGGUCACAGUCAGAUCCCCUCUGGCCGUGCGCGUGUCGCCCCAGGUCGAGGUCAAGGCCCAGGGCAGCGCGGUGGAGUUCACCUGCUCAGCGGCCGGCGGCAUCGAAACCAAAAUCGAGUGGCUGAAAGAAGGAGGGGCUCUGCCGUCAAACCACCACGUCAGGGACGGCGUGCUCAGGAUCGAGAAUCUUGAACAGAUCAACGAAGGCGUUUACAUCUGCCGAGCGAGCAGCGUGUACGGUCAGGCCCAGGACUCGGCCAGACUCACCAUCCAGGCUCUGCCCAAGGUGAUGAUCAACGUGCGGACCUCGGUGCAGACCGUGAUGAUCGGCAACUCCGUGGAGUUCGAGUGCCAGGCGGUCGGCGAUCCCGAGCCCACGGUGCAGUGGAGUAAAGUGGGCGGGGCGCUGCCGGCCCACAUCAUGGUGAAGGGCGGCAUGCUGAAGAUCGAGCGAGUGACCGAGGCCGACGCCGGGCAGUACCGCUGCACCGCCACCAACGACGUGGGCUCGGUGCAGUCCCAGGUGGUGCUCAACGUGCAGUCCCUUCCUCAAAUUGCUUCACUGCCAGAAACCAAAGAGGUGACGGUCGGGUCGGAUGCAGUCCUGCCCUGCGUGGCCUCUGGAUAUCCUGUGCCCGAGAUCAAAUGGUCCAAGCUGGAUGGAGAGCUUCCUCCGAAGUGUUUCCAGGACGUCAACGUGCUGACGGUCCCUCGCGUCGCCCACGAGGAUUCUGGGACAUACGUGUGCACCGCCUCCAACAAACAGGGCAAAGUGGAGGCCUUCACCACUCUGCAGGUUCACGAGAGAGUGAUGCCGUACUUUGCUCAGGAACCUUUGUCCUUCCUCACUCUGCCGACCAUCAAGAACGCCUACAAGUCCUUCAGCAUCAAGAUCAACUUCAGACCGGACAAUGUCGAUGGUCUCAUUUUGUACGCUGGUAUGAUCCUCUACAACGGCCAGAGAAGAACCACGGGAGCUGACUUCAUCUCCCUGGGACUCGUGGGCGGUCGCUUGGAGUUCAGGUUUGACGUGGGCUCCGGCAUGGCCACGAUACGAGACCCCAACCCCGUCAAACUGGGAGAGUUCCACACCGUCCAGCUGUAUCGCAACCACACGCUGGGCUACAUCAUCGUGGACGGGGGGGAGCCGAUCAACGGCAGCUCACAGGGCAAGUUCCAGGGUCUGGAUCUGAACGAGGAGCUGCACGUGGGUGGUUACCCCAACUACACCACCCUCGCCAAGACCGCCGGCAUCAAGACCGGGUUCGUUGGCUGCAUCCGUCAGCUGCUCAUCCAGGGAGAGGAGGUGAUCUUCAAAGACCUGGACCGCAGCUCCACGGGCGUCACCAACUGUCCCACCUGCAAAGACCACCCGUGUCAGAACGGCGGCAGGUGCGAGGACUCCGACGCCAGUUUGUACAAGUGCGGCUGCCCCAGAGGAUUCACCGGCAGCAACUGCCAGCACCACUCGUCCCUGCACUGCCACUCAGAGGCCUGCGGACCGGACGCCACGUGCAUCAGCCGACAGAACGGCCUGGGCUACGACUGCCGCUGCCACCUCGGCAAGUUUGGAAACAAGUGCAUGGAUGGGGAACUAGUGACCACGCCAAUGUUUGAUGGCGAGGAGACGUUCAUCGCCUAUCCUCCCCUGACCAACAUCCACGAUGACCUGCGUGUGGAGCUGGAGUUCAAGCCGCUGCAUGGAGACGGCCUGAUGUUCUUCUGCGGUGGGAAGAAAAUGAAGACAGAGGAUUUCGUAGGCAUCUCCAUGGUGGAGGGACACGUAGAGUUCAGAUACGAACUGGGCACAGGCCAGGCCAUCCUCCGCAGUCCCGAGCCCGUGUCUCUGGGCCAGUGGCACCGAGUUGUGGCCGAGCGGAACAAGCGGGUCGGCCACCUGAGGGUUGACCAAGGCCAAGUGGAGAGGAAGACCUCUCCAGGAAAAUCCCAGGGCCUCAACAUCCACACGCCCAUGUACUUGGGAGGAGUCCCCAAAAUGGACAUCCUGCCCAAGGCCGCCAAUGUCAGCGAGAUGUUUGGAGGAUGCAUCGGAGAGGUUUCCAUCAACAACAAGAAGGUGGAUCUGUCCUACAGCUUCACAGAGAGUAGAGCCGUCCGCAAGUGCGUGGACAUCAGUCCCUGCGACCGCCGGCCCUGCCUGAACGGAGGCCACUGUAUGUCCAGCGCUGAGUACGAGUACCAGUGUCUCUGCAAGGACGGAUUCGAAGGUGAGCGUUGUGAGGUGGUGAAGGACAUGUGCCAGAGCAACCUGCAGUGCCAGCACGGCGGCAGCUGCGUGGGCGGUCAGUGCGAGUGUGCGCCCGGCUACACCGGCCUCACCUGUGAAGAGAGCCACGUCUCCAGCUUCCCAGAGGCGCCGCGGAAUUUGCAAACCAGCGUGGCGAAUGAUUCUCCUUAUCAAUACGCUGCUCAUUUCCACAACAACGGAUACGUCGCUCUCCCGAAAUCCGUUUUCCCAAGAAGUGCCGCUGACUCACCAGAAACCAUCGAGCUGGAGAUCAACACCGGCUCCUCUGAGGGUCUGAUCCUGUGGCAGGGAGUGGAGACCAAUGGCGCACGCAAUUUGCGAAAGGUGCAUGCUAGUAAAAAGGAGCUGGGAGAACACGGCAAAGGGAAGGACUUCAUCAGCCUCGGCCUGCAGAGCGGACACCUCGUGUUCAGUUUCCAGCUGGGCAGCGGAGAGGCUCAGAUCCUGUCCCGGAAGUCCAUCAACGAUGGGAGAUGGCACAAGAUCACAGCAGUCAGAACUGGAAAAGAUGGAUAUAUUCAGAUUGAUGGAGGAGCUGCUCUGCACGGACAGUCCAAAGGCAAGAGCCUCAUGGUGAACACCAAAGGCAGCAUAUACCUGGGCGGCGCCCCAGACAUGGCCGCCAUGACGGGGGGGAAGUUCUCCUCAGGGAUGACGGGCUGCGUGAGGAACCUGGCGCUGAUGAACGCCCGGCCGGGCCAGCAGCCGGCCCAGGCCAUCGACCUGCAGGCGCACGCGGCGCACGGCGUCAACGUGCAGCCGUGCUCCUCAUAGAGCGCUGCACACUCCCAUGCAAAGACACACACACACAUACACACACAGAGAGACUAUGGAGUGAUGUCACACACACACACACACACACACAGCAGACUCACACAGAGACUUAAACACAAACUUGGUGCUUUGCUGCUACCAAAAAAAAAAUAACACAAAUCAACACGACACCACAGGAUUUUCUUUCUCUGUGUGCAGUAAAACCAAAAACAAGAACAGAAUUGAAUAUGAGCUCCUCUUCCUCAGUGUCGUGUUCUCGAUGAAGGACGGUGAACACGGGAGAACCAGGACAGUUUACAUACUUCCAGCAGUAGUUUUAGUCACGAGAAGAGUAAAACAUAUUAGGCCUUCUACGAUGGGUCAGAUCCUAUGGAGUUGGAGAUGUUUUUACAGCACUGAAUUUUUAUUUAUAUACAUAUGAAUAUAUAUAUAUUAUAUUUGUGGGGGAAAACAUGCAAACUAACCAUAACUGCUCUUCCACUUUUCCCAGAGUUCACUCUGGGUUCUAAUACUGUGUGUCCAGGGCUUCUUUUUUUUACAGGCCUAUAAUGUAUUAAUACCUGAAGGCGUUUAGGUCUUCUUUCUUCACUUCUGUAGAGGAACUUCUUCUUUUUCACACGAGCAUGCUCACAGUAUUUUGGGAGAAGAGUCGCACGCGGCCGCACGCAGCUUCAGUACACAACUCAGGUUGUCAAGAACAAAACAAAAACCUGCAAACGUUACAAAGCGCUGCUGCUUCUGCUGAGUUUCUUUGCUCGUUCUCGGCAGCGUCUCCUGCGUCUGUUCGUUCUUCUUUCUUUUUUUUAUUUGAUUAAAAAAGGACAGAAACCUUGGUGCUAAUGUCAGACGUGAAGAUGCAGCAUGUGCUCACGCAGCUGCAGGUCUGACACACGGGAUUUCAUUUGAGUGAUUCAGUGACUUAGAUGGAGGAAGCUCCGUCACUUUGUUAGCAUGCACGGCGCUUCAGGUGGAUGUGAUGACGAUGAGGAACGACCCGGCGUGAUUGAGUAGAUCUCAAAAGAAUCAGUUUUUGAAAAAGUGAAAAGGGUGUAAUUUUCAUUUGGGAAUGUGUGGUCGUUAGGAUAUAUUGUUUUAUGUGUAAAGAUGUGUUUGUCUGUUGUGUGCAUCUCAGCCCUUUGUGUAUGUGAGUGUGUGUGUGUGUGUGUGUGUGUGUGUCAUCAUCCAUAUCCUCAGGAGGUCAACUCAGAACUGCCUCAGGAUGUGACUUCAUUUUCAGGCUCUAAAAGUCAAAGUCUUCUCACAGUAGAAGUGAGAUGGAAGCUUCCUGUGCAGGUUGUGUAGCACUGACCACACCACAAACACCACAGCAGCAUCAUCACUUUGGGGUUCACACACCUUUUUUAUUCUUCUUCUCAUUUUUGUAAGCAUUCAAAUAUUUGUAUCAAUAUCCUAAAAGUGAGCACUAUCCUUUCACUUAGAGUCGCCUCCUUUUUUAUUUAUUUUGUGUUAUUUUUCACUCUUUUUCAAUCACAGACGCUUGCUCAAUCUCUUUCCUCUGGUUUUUGUGUAUCACCUCCCACACCCCCCCUUGUUUCCCCCCCUCCCCCCUCCUCAUGUUUUGAAUAUUACAUUGUAAUUUCUCCAGAAGUCACGCCCCCAUGAAGUUCCAUUAAUAAAACACGUCUAUUACCUGGGUGGAGCUGCUCAAACCGAUCUUAUUAUUCAGUCAAUGAAAGAAAGAACAGAAGUCUUAGCCUCCAGUUACGAUGAAUGGAUUAUUUAUUUACACAGAAUCGUGAACACAAGGACUGAAAAUCCAUCCGGUCUGUGACGACAUCUGUUUCUGUAUCUGCUCUUGAAACUGGAUUUUCUUAGAAACACUGAUUGUGUCCAGAAUCUGCCGCUCCAACCACCACUUUUUUUGUUUUGUUUUGACGCCAUCGCAAGAUACGAAAGUUGCACUUUUAGUAACGAUGGCGAAAGUGAAUAACAGUAAAAAUGAAUGAAACAUGUACCAGAUGAAAUAUUGUCCGUGUCAGGACGACCUGUCUGUUCCAUUUCCAGUGUUGAAACAGACACGCCCCCUCGCCCUUUGGUGUUUCUUAAUUAAAAACAAAAUUCAUGUGCUAUUUUU